GUUUUUCUUCACGGGAUCAUAUAUAUUUUCAGUAUACAAGAACUGACCGCUUAACUGCUAGUUUCAUACUUUUGUUGUAAAGGCUCUGUAACAAGCAUUUAUUCAGUGUUCUUUAAUUGAUUUUUUUUACAGGUGCUAUUAGAGCUAGUUAUCAGCAGUGUUAGCUGUAAUUAUGCUGACACCGUUUCGGCAUAAAUAGAUCUCAGAGGAACUAAUCACUACAGAUGCUAACCCUUGUGCUUAACAGUGGUGAAGCUGAAGCUUCCACAGGGGUUACUUAGAGGAGUGGUAUUGUUUUCUUUUUGGUUGUGUAGAUGUGGUGAAGAUUAGUCUGCAUUUAUGCAAUCUGAUCCAGAUUUGGAAGGGGACUGUAUUAUAUAAUGUGGCAGCGUGUUGGGUUCCUGCUCUUCCUUCUGUUUUUCUCCAGCCCUGCCUACGAUGUGAAGAAGUUUCAAUUUGUAGAGGAUGACUUACAUAACACUUCUGCACAAUACUAUGAUCAAGUAUCUUCUUGUUACAGGAAAGGGAACCCAGAUAAAUGUAAAAGCUUCACAGUUAGAUCUGAGAUUCAAAGACUCAGACAGAUUCUUUACACACAUUCAAACAGAGCUGCCUCUGGUGGAUUUCGAUCUCCUUCCAGUUUAUGUUCUGGGAAUGUCGUUUUGUCAUCAAGUACCAACUUGACUUCAUAUAACUUAGUACCCUCUGCAAAUGCAUUGUCUUCAGUGGUAGAAUCUCCAUCCGUUUUCUCAAAUAAAUUGCAACUCAAGAGACAGAACUGGCUCUUUUCUUUGCCAUUAGUUCACAUUCCACGUAGGUAUUUGCUUGCAGCACCAUCUUUACCUGUUGAACCCUCAAUGAAUCCACAUACCCCAAAUCAUAUUUUCCGAAGACCUGAAAUGGACAACAUUCCACCUUUAUUUUCAGUUGCAACUCAUUAUGGGCAGCCCCAGUAUCUGUCACCUAGUGGUUCUUAUGAAAACCAACAUUUCAUCAGAAUUUCAUCCCCAUCAAGUGGUUUGUCUUCAAUAAUAUAUUCCCCCACCAUUUCUGAUGGACAAGAAGCACCAGGGUCACAUAUGAAUAAGAUUCAACAUCUAAAAGCUGCCCCUCCUUUGUUUCCAUCUUCUUGGCCUUAUACACAGCCACCUUUGGUUUCCCGUCAGAAUCUCAAGCAUCAGAUGCAUCAAAGUGCAUUUCAUCCUGUAAUGCCAAAUCCUGCAAAUCCAUCUUCAAAAUGGCUUUCUCCAAGUUUCUUUGGUGCACCAUCAGAAGUGAGGCCUCCAGUAUCGCAUUCAUGGACUUCAGCUACUCCAUCUGGGCCUGUUGUUUCUGCUCCAAGUACUUAUGGUUUGGGAAGAUCUCAGGACCAACCUAGUAUGCCUGGCACAGCACUGCCAAGGAACAUGGCAAACAGACAAGCACCGGUUGCAAUGCCACCUAUGUCUUUUUCUUCUCCUCCAAACUUGUUUCCAUCUGAACCCCCAAUGGAGAAGUCAAAAGCACCAGAAGUGGUACCGUUUACAAAAUUUUCACCUUUGGGAAAUAAGCAUGAUCUGAAAGAGCCUUCUGUUUCUCCAAUUACUUCCCCUAAUGAAUCACCAUGGAAGAAUGCAAGAAUACCUGUGACAGCACUUGUUCAUAAAAGUUCUUCAAGCCAUGCACCAGCCUCAGGUCAAGGAUAUGUUUCUUCUCCUCAAAUUAGUCCUGCUUUUGUACCGUCAUUGAAAGUUGUUGGAUAUCCACCUCCCAUUGACCUUCCCUCUGAACCACAGGAAGCGCCACCUCCAAUCCUAUCUCCAUCCCAUGGACAUUUUCAAUAUGUGGAAGGCCCAGCUGCUUCAUCUCCAAGUGUUUUCCCUUUCAAACCUCCUAUGAAGAAACCAACUUUACCUCAUCUGGAGAUGCCAAGGAACAGAUCAAAGAGACAAGCACCAGUUACUCUGGCACCUAAGAAUCAAGGGUAUGUUGCUGCUCCUGCUAGUGUACCCUAUGAACCGCAAACAGAGUACCGAGUAACACCCAAGUUGGCACCAUCCAUAACACUUCAUUCUCCUCCAUAUUAUCAAGAUCAUCAAGGGCAUGUAACUUCUCCAAGCAAUGAACAUUACAGAUCACCCUUGAAAAGGCCAGGAAAACUUUUAGCCCCAUCACCAAUUAUAAGGUCACAUUGGCAUGCACUGACCAUAAUUCCACCUAUAGAUCAAGGGCAUUUUUAUACCCAUCCUGCCCUUCCACCUGAACAACACAAAGGAAAUAAUGGACCCACAGCUUCUCCUCUAAUCAUUGCUUCCCAACCACCCCAGAAGCUGCAAAGUAUAACUCGAACACUGCCUUCAAAUAAAAGACCAUGGAGGCAUGCACCACUUGCAAUUCCAUCUGUUCAUGAAGGAUAUAUUCCUAGUCAAUUUACUAUUCCAUCUGGACCCCCAAAAGUAAUCUCAAGUGCUGCAUCUGCACCACAGCUAAUAGUUCCUACACCUCAUAAUUGGGUUGUGAAAGGGCCUGUUAGUUCUUCAUCAAGUAUUAUUCCAUCUCGAGCAGCCCAAAGGAAACCAAGCAUCCCAGUAGCAGCACCACCAAACAUAAGAUUGCGGAAUCAUGCCCCAGUUACAAGUCUACCUAUAUUUCAAGGGCCUGUUUCUUCACCAGUCAAAUCUCUGCAUCCCUCAUCCUCUGCAAACUUUAUAACUCCAACAGUCUCACCAACAAUUAUAUCUCCUUUCUCUACACAUCGAUUACGGAAGCAUGCACCAGUUGGAAGCCCACUAAUUCAAGGGUCAAUUCAUUCUCCUGUUAGAUCUACACAUCCAUCAUCUCCUGGAAACUUGAGAACUCCAACAUUGUCACCAUCAAUCAUAUUUCCUUCGCAUAAUCGAUCAGAGAAGCAUGCACCAGUUGCAACCACACCUAUGAUUCAAGGGUCUGUUAAUUCUCCAGUUAAAUCUCCACAUCCUUCAUCCUCUGGAAACUUGAGAACUCCAACAGUCUCACCAUCAAUUAUAUUUCCUUCGCAUAAUCGAUCACAGAAGCAUACACCAGUUGCAACACCACCUAUGAUUCAAGGGUCUGUUAAUUCUCCAGUUAAAUCUCCACAUCCUUCAUCCUCUGGAAACUUGAGAACUCCAACAGUCUCACCAUCAAUUAUAUUUCCUUCGCAUAAUCGAUCACAGAAGCAUACACCAGUUGCAGCACCACCUAUGAUUCAAGGGUCUGUUGAUUCUCCAGGUAAAUCUCCAUAUCCUUCAUCCUCUGGAAAUUUGAGAACUCCAACAGUGUCACCAACAAUAAUAUUUCCUUUACAUAAUCGCUCAGGGAAGCAUGCACCAGUGGCAACUCCACCUAUGAUUCAAGGGUCUGUUAGUUCUCCAGUUAAAUCUCCACAUCCUUCAUCCUCUGGAAACUUUAGAACUGUAACAGUCUCACCAUCAAUUAUAUUUCCUUCUUCUCCACAUAAUCAAUCACGGAAGCAUGCACCAGUUGCAAGCCCACAUAUAAUUCAAGGGCCUGCUCAUUCACCAGUUAAAUCUCCACAUCAUCUAUCACAAAAUCAUACAACAGUUGGAAGCUCACCUGUGAUUCAAGGGCCUGUGUAUCCUCCAGAAAAAUCUCCAUAUCUGCCUUCCUCCGGAAACUUAAGAACUCCGACUGCCUCGCCGCCAAUUGUAAUUCCUUCAGCUCCACAUCAUCAAUCAUGGAAGCAUGCAGCAGUUGCAAGCCCGCCUACAAGUAAAGGGGUUAUCAAUUCUCCAGCUAUAUCUCCACAUCCUUCCGCUCCAAAUAAGCAAUCACAAAAUCGUACACCAGUUGGAAGCCUACCCUUCAUUCAAGGGCCUGUUUAUUCUCCAGAAAAUCCUCCAGAUCAGCCAUCUUCUGGAAACUUAAGAACUCCAACAGCCUCGCCAUCAAUUGUAAUUCCUUCCCCUCCACAUCAUCGAUCAUGGAAGCAAGCACCAUUUGCAAGCCCGCCUAUGAGUAAAGGGCUUAUCAAUUCUCCAGCUAAAUCUCCACAUCCGUCCACUCCAAAAAAGCAAUCACUAAAUCAUACACCAGUUGGAAGCCUACCCUUCAUUCAAGGGCCCGUGUAUUCUCCAGAAAAUUCUCCAGGUCAGCCAUCUUCUGGAAAUUUAAGAUCUCCAACAGCCUCGCCGUCAAUUGUAAUUCCUUCCCCUCCACAUCAUCGAUCAUGGAAGCAAGCACCAUUUGCAAGCCCGCCUACGAGUAAAGGGCAUAUCAAUUCUCCAGCUAAAUCUCCAUUUCCUUCCAGAGCACAUCAUCGAUUGCAAAACCAUACUCCAGUUGGAAGCCCAUUUGUUUUUCAUCGAUCACCAAAGCAUACACCAGUUGGGAGCCCACUUGCAAUUCAUCGAUCACAAAAGCGUACACCAGCUGGAAGGCCACCCGUGAUACAAGGGCCUGUGUAUUCACCAGAUAAAUCUCCACAUCUGCCAUCCAUUGGAAACUUAAGAACUCCAACAGGCUCACCGACAGUUGUAAUUUCUUCCCCUCCACAUCAUCGAUCAUGGAGGCAUGCACCAGUUGCAAGCCCGCCUACUAGUAAAGGGCUUAUUAAUUCUCCAGCUAUAUCUCCACAUCCUUCACCUCUACAUCAUCAAUCACAAAAACAUACACCAGUUGGAAGCCCAUCCACGAUUCAAGGGCCCGUGUAUUCUCCAGAAAAAUCUCAAUAUCCACCAUCCUCUGGAAACUUAAGAACUCCAACAGCCUCACCAUCAAUGACAACCCAUCCAUAUCAUCAAUCAUGGAAGCAUGCACCAGUUUCAAGCCCACCUACAAGGCUUAUCAAUUCUCCAGCUAAAUCUCCACAUCCUUCACCUCGACAUCAUCAAUCACAAAAACAUACACCAGUUGGAAGCCCAUCCAUGAUUCAAGGGCCUGUGUAUUCUCCAGAAAAAUCUCAAUCUCCACCAUCCUCUGGAAACUUAAGAACUCCAACAGCCUCACCGUCAAUGGCAACCCAUCCAUAUCGUCAAUCAUGGAAGCAUGCACCAGUUUCAAGCCCACCUACGAGGCUUAUCAAUUCUCCAGCUGAAUCUCCACAUCCAUCACCGUCAGGAAAUUUGAGAAUUCCAGCAGCCUCACCAUUAAAUAAAUUUCCAUUGUCUCCCCAUCAAGCUCAUGCAAAAGGGUCCCCCACUUCUCCAAACAUUUCCCCUACUCAACCGUCAAAGAAAAGACCAACAACACCUGUGGCACCACCGCCAAUGAUAUUUCCUCCCCCGCCUCCUGGUCAAGAUUGUAGUUCAGUAUCCUGUACUGCACCAUACACUUCUACUCCUCCUGGUUCUCCAUGCGGCUGUGUGAAUCCUAUGCAAAUUGAGCUUGGGCUUGGUGUGGCACUCUAUGCUUUUUUCCCACUAGUCUCGGAGCUCGCUUCACAGAUAGCUGGAGGAACUUUCUUAAAACAAAGCCAAGUCAGGAUUAUGGGAGCAAAUGCAUACAGUCAAGAUGAGGAAAAGACAAUUGUGGAUAUUGAUCUGGUGCCACUUGGAGAAAAUUUUGAUAAUACAACCGCCUUGCUUAUUUUUGAAAGAUUUUGGCAAAAGAAAGUUAUGAUUAAUGAGACCCUUUUUGGUGAUUACUGGGUAAUCUUUAUCAAUUACCCUGGGCUCCCUAAAUCACCACCUUCUGCAUUUCCACAUACAACUUACAAUGGUGUGCCUAAUUCAAGUAGCAAUGGAUCAAGCAAAAAAGAUCCUCUUGGAGUUGAUGUAAAUAAACAGAGCGAUAAAAUGGGAGCUGGGACCAUUGCAGUUGUUGCCUUGUCUUCUGCAAUUGCCAUGAUCAUAUGCCUUGGAACAGUUUGGAUCAUUAUCUUGAAAUGUAGAAAUCAGAACAGGCCAACUUUGGCUGUUGUUGAGCCCACCCAUGUACCAUCCAGUACAAAAAGAUCAGCAACAGGUGGUGGUUCCAUCCUGUCAGGAAGCAUGGAAAGUUCCACAUCAAUGUCAUUUGUUUCAAGUAUGGCUACCUAUACAGGAUCUGCUAAAACAUUCACUUCAGCUGAGAUUGAAAAGGCCACAGAUAGAUUCAAUCCUCAAAAAAUUCUUGGAGAAGGAGGCUUUGGACGUGUUUAUCAAGGAUUAUUGGAAGAUGGGACAAAAGUGGCUGUAAAGGUUCUUACUAGAGAUGAUCAACAAGGAGGGCGUGAGUUCAUAGCUGAAGUUGAAAUGCUAAGUCGUUUGCAUCACCGAAACCUGGUUAAGCUGAUUGGUAUCUGUACUGAAGAGCAUAAUCGUUGUUUGGUCUAUGAGCUUAUUCCCAAUGGCAGUGUGGAAUCGCAUCUUCAUGGUCUGGACAAAGAAAUUGCUCCUCUCGACUGGGAUGCCCGUAUAAAGAUAGCUCUUGGUGCAGCUAGAGGGCUUGCUUAUCUCCAUGAAGAUUCAAGUCCUCGUGUUAUACAUCGUGAUUUUAAGGCUAGCAACAUUUUACUUGAGGAUGAUUUUACCCCUAAAGUAGCAGAUUUUGGGCUGGCAAAAUCAGCCUCUGAAGAAGUUAGUGGACACAUCUCAACAAGAGUCAUGGGGACAUUCGGGUAUGUUGCUCCUGAAUAUGCAAUGACUGGGCAUUUGCUUGUGAAGAGUGAUGUGUACAGCUACGGGGUAGUGUUACUGGAGUUACUUUCUGGAAGGAAGCCAGUUGACAUGUCUCAACCACCUGGGCAGGAAAAUCUUGUUACAUGGGCCCGGCCCCUUCUUACAAGCAAAGAAGGCCUAGAAACUUUGGUGGACCCAGCUUUGGGGGGCAAUCUUCCUUUUGACAACAUUGCAAGAGUUGCAGCCAUUGCAUCCAUGUGUGUCCAGCCUGACCAUUCUCAUCGACCAUUCAUGGGUGAAGUUGUACAAGCAUUAAAGCUUGUUUAUAAUGAUUCUGAUGCAAGCAAUGCAGGGGGCUCAGGCAGUUUUAGUCGAGGGGAGUCUUCUGCUCAUGAUACAGAGGUUAAGGAUAGCUCUAGUCAACCAUGGCACCAUAGCAUGCAGUAUGUACCUGAUAGCACUUCAUUUGUAACCAUUGAUUAUGAUUCAGGUCCUCUUGAGACGCAGGGGCUAGAGGUUGAAAGACCACUUUCAGCAUCUGCUUUGAUGUCUAAUUCGGGACGGCUUAUCAGGCAGUUAUCAGGGUCAUUUAGGAGGCACAGCAGCUCUGGUCCCUUGAGAACAAAUAGAAGUAAAGAAUCUUGGUAUGGAAUUAGGGAUCCAGAAAGAGGUAGCAUAAGUGAGCAUGGGGUCAAGAGGCACUUUGACAGAGGUUCAGAUGGAGAUGUGCAUGAGCUUUGGCCAUGAUGAUUGUUUACAUUUCUCUCGGCUGGCUAGAAUUAGACAGUGUACGGACAAGGAAUAAAGGGUACAUAGAAAGAGUUCUAGCAUGAUCAAGCAGUUUUUUUUAAAGCCAGCACUUUUCUUGUUCACUUUGUCUGCUUGAUCUAUCAAAUUACAUAUGUGCAUGGACAAGUAUUUUUGUCAUUCACGAGUUCUUGGAAUGUAUGAUUGCUGGUUGGAGUAGCAUUAUCAUGGAAUGCGUUUGACUGUUUGACAUUAUCUACUGAAACACUUGAGCAGCUGAAUGCCUUGAGGAAAACAUAUACAACAGGGACACUUGAAGUUGCUUCAACAUUUUAGCAGAAGGAAAUUUGACAUGCAGAGAUAUUUGAUAUUGCAUCUGAUUUUCCUACAUUAGGAUAAAUGAUAUCUCAUUCCCAAAUCAAUAAUCACAGAUAAAUACAGAGUAAUUUUCUGGGGAGCUCUUAAGAAGCUGCAGAUGUGCAUUGAUUCAGAUGGUCCGAGUCAUUUGUUCUAUAUGCAGAUUGGAUGCUUUUUCCUUCUUGGGGUUCUGCACUGAGCAUUAUAUCCCAAGUGUAUUUUUUAUUGUAUUAUUGUGGGGUCACUUCCCCAAUUGGAAUACAUUCCCAUAUGUCUUUUUUUGUGUGUUCAUCUUGAAUGCACCGAAAUGAUUGAGAGGUUCUAAGAUGUAAAGAGCAUCGUCAAACAUGCAUGUUAAGUUAAAAUUUUAUCAUUUUUCAGUAGAAACGUUCUCUAGAUUACCUAUUGUUGGGGAACUAGUCUCUUCUCUUUUCUGGUCUUGUAUUCCUUCUGUGUAUAAGUGAGGACAUAAAACUAAAGGAUGUCCUUUAGUGAAGCGGAAAUUGCUAUUCAGACAAACAAGGAAAGGAUAUGAACAUAGUUCUGUAUGGCUUAUGAUCUAAACAUAUUUAAUUCUUAUAAGCAA